CUUAGUGGGCUGCCAGCAUCUGAUUAGAAGCAUACAGUAUCCAAGGGGCUGUGAGUGGCUGAGCUGGUCUAAGCAAGAAGAAGAGGAGGAGGAGGAGGAGGAGGACUGAGCAUAGAGGAGGCUGCAGGGCUUCACACCACUGACAGCCACCGACCCCAGCAAAGGACAACAUUUCCAGUGCUCCCAGUGGCUGCGGUGACUGGCGACAUUAUGGCCUUCCUUUGAAAGCUGAUUUCGUGGAGUCCCUCUGUAAUCGGUCCUUUGUGUUUUUAUGAUCCUGACAUUGUGAGGCAGGCCUCCAAACAUGUCUACUGAUGUAGAAUCCUGCACCAGCACUUCUACCGAUGUGGCUCCAGCCACCAAACCAGCGACAAAGAAGGAAAAGAAAAAAGGUCCAGAGAAAACAGAUGAAUUCCUUUUGGCCAGAUUUAAAGGGGAUGGAGUACGAUAUAAAGCCAAAUUAAUAGGAAUCGAUGAUGUGCCGGAAGCGCGGGGAGAUAAGAUGAGUCAGGACUCCAUGAUGAAGCUGAAGGGUAUGGCGGUUGCAGCUCGAUCUCAGGGACAACACAAGCAGCGAAUCUGGGUCAACAUUUCUCUUUCUGGUAUAAAAAUAAUCGAUGAAAAAACUGGUGUAAUCGAGCAUGAACAUCCUGUUAAUAAGAUUUCUUUCAUUGCCCGAGAUGUGACUGACAACCGAGCGUUUGGCUAUGUCUGUGGAGCUGAAGGACAACAUCAAUUCUUCGCCAUAAAAACAUCGCAGCAGGCUGAACCUUUAGUUGUGGAUCUGAAGGAUCUAUUCCAAGUCAUCUAUAACACUAAGAAAAAGGAGGAUGAAGACAAGAAGAAGAAUGAAGAAGGUAACCAGCCAGUUGAGAAUGGAAGUGACGCUUUGCUCAGCCUUAACAAUGACAUUGACAAAAUCAAAUUAGGUGUUGACCAGAUGAAUUUAUUUGGUGAUAUGUCCACACCGCCAGAUCUCAACAGUCCAACCGAAAGUAAUGAUAUCCUGUUAGUGGAUUUAAACACUGAAAUCGACACCAAUCAGAACUGUGUAAAAGGAAAUCCUUUCACCUCCAAUGGCAUCCUCCACACCUCCUCUUCCUCCUCUUCUCUUCCUCAUCCCAAAGCGCAAUCACCUUUCUCGUCUGAAAACCCAUUCACUUCCAAUCUCAGCUUCUUCCCUGCACCUAAUCCAGAUCCAUUCUGCGACGACCCGUUCACCUCUAAAGAUCAAUCAGUCUCUGUCUCUUCUUCAGUUGAUUCUUCCAAAACUUUCAAUCAUAAGGUGGAAAAUGUAAAAAGUGUCAUGAACGGGCCCGGCAGUAACGGCGCCGUCGCUGAUGACAUUGAAUUUGGACAGCAAUUUGACCAAAUUUCGGGCCAGUUGGGUAAGCAAGAAGCCAAGGCAGACCAGUGGCCCUUUAAGGCUAGCCAGUCAGGGCAAGUGACAAGGACUCACAAUGGUGUGGUAGGACAUGGUCCAUGUAGUUCUGUGAGCAGACCACAGCCUGAUCCGUUCACUGACUCCUCAUCCCAUGGAGGGCAUGUGCAUAAUGGAUUACGAAGGAACUCAGAGGGGAAUUCCAGUCACAAGAAGGACAAUAGCUGUCUGCAUCCUGCAGAUCCUAUUACUAUUAGCCCCCCACCACAAAGCGCCAAGCCUGGACGAGGAAGGAGAAGCGUCAAGCCAACUUCUGAUGACAUAUUUGGGUCAGACAUUUUUUCUUCAAAUUCUGGGACAGACCUUGAGCCAGCCUCAUCGGUAGCUAUUCCAGCCCCACCAAGCUCAGUACAACCUAAUUCCCUGGAUCUUUUUAAUAAAACUGGUCUGACCACUGUUCCGGCCAUUGGAGGUCCUGGUUCUUUGCCAUUGAAUUCACCUCAGACUCAGCAGUGGAAUCCACAGCCUUUACUCUAUAGCCAAACACAAGCUACAAUUCCAAACCCAGCUAUGGCUGCACAAAACAGUUUCGGUCAACCGAGUGUUUUUUCGGCUCCAUCAGCGAUGGCGUCCUGGAAUCAGCCGACGCAGUUUUUAGUUCCUCCACCCAUACAAAAUCCCCCAAUGUGGAAUCAGCCAGUACCGACGUGGAAUCAACAGCCAACCAACCCAUUCCAAAUGAACAUGUUUCCAACUAGGCCACCAACUUUACUCAAUUCAGCCCCAGGAUUAAUCCAGACAGGUCCCUGUUUACCAAACCCUCCUCAGCUACCGCCAAGACCGGCACCGCUAAAGGAAUCACCUACAAAGGAAAGUGAUGCUUUUACUGCUCUGGAUCCACUGGGAGAGAAGGAAAGGAAGAAUGUGAAGGAUAUGUUUAAAGACUAUCAGUUGGCUAAGCCACCUGCUUUACCAGCAAGGCGUGGGGAGCAGAAUAACUCUAUAAGCACCCCUGGAGCUUUUUCCAAUUAUUUUAAUAGUAAAGUUGGAAUCCCCCAAGAUAGUGCGGACCACGAUGAUUUUGACAUUAGUCAACUGUCUUCAAAGAUUAAUGAGCCACCAAUUCCAGCACCACGAGCGCAAACACUGCCGGUUCCCAAAACCAUCGAAAAACCCUUUGAAACCCCAUUUGGAUCAGGCUUAUUUGCCGCUUCUCUGCAAAACUCAAACUUCACAGCACAUCCAGUAAAGGCAUCUGAUCCAUUCGGGGACCCAUUUGGAAAUCCAUUUGCUUAGGAAGACAUGUUUUAUGUUUGUUCCAUGGAAGGAGCAGAAACCACAGGAACAGGGGAUCAUCUCAUCGUCUCAUCUAUCGCAAUGGCACAAGCUGAUAUUGUCUCACUCUUUUAACAGCUGAUCUUUUGUAUGCAUAGUCUUUUUUUGGGGUCAGAAUGAAUCUUCAUUAAAAGGGGUACUCCGCAGCUCAGCGUUUGAAACAAACUGCUCCGAACGCUGGAGCCG